CUAUUAUCAAGCAACGAUGACGAUUAUUCGUCAUCGAAGAAGCACGCAUCGCCACCGUCCGAUGAAAAUGACGGAGAUCAAUCACCACCGUCGAAGUCAAGAAAAACCUCCCAAGAUGAUUUAAGCGCAAUUUCAUAGAACAAUAGUAACCAAAAACAUAUACAUUUAGAAUGAAAGAAAAGUCGUGUUUUUUUAAUAACCCCAACCAAUACAGAAACUAUAUUCAAAAUGAGAUUUUGAACUGUUGAAAAAAAGAAAUGAAAUUGAAUCUGUGGGCGCCGUUCGUAUUCGAAAACGCCGUUAAUCGAUGGAGAUUCGGUUGUCUUGCCAAUAUGCCCGAUGUGUACGGCGAUGUUUUGUUUUUUCUUAUUUUUUUUUCUUUUCUUUUCUUUCUUUCUUUCUUUCUUUCUUUUUUUACGUAGGCAAACGAAUAAAAAAAAUAUCUCAUGCACGCAAUUAAACCCACAUACAGAUACACGCAUUGCAAUACUCGGCAAAUAACAAUUACAAAAGAAUCCGAGAGCGUAGAGACAUUACAAUACAAAAACCAAUCAAACACUAGUCUCUCAUGAACACGAUUGGCAACCGAAAAUGCCAUUCAUAAGCGCACCAUUGAAUGAUUUACGACAGUUAGGCGAUGUGGAAUUCGGGCCCGGUUCACGUUCACCGUUGCUUGGCAUUUUGGGUGGUGCGCUACCAAAAUUAACAUCCGAUCAACAUGAUUUAGUUGCCAAAGCCAAAAAAUACGCCAUGGAACAAAGUAUUCGUAUGGUGUUAAUGAAACAAACACUGGCACACCAUCAACAGUUGGCAAGUCAACGUACACAAGUACAGCGUCAACAGGCCUUGGCUUUGAUGUGCAGAGUAUAUGUGGGCAGCAUUUCAUUUGAACUGAAAGAGGAUACAAUUCGAGCUGCAUUCCUACCGUUUGGUCCAAUAAAAUCAAUUAAUAUGUCAUGGGAUCCCAUAACGCAGAAGCAUAAAGGAUUUGCAUUUGUCGAAUAUGAAAUUCCGGAAGGUGCACAGCUUGCACUUGAACAAAUGAAUGGUGCAAUGAUGGGCGGUCGUAAUAUAAAGGUCGGUCGACCGAGUAAUAUGCCACAAGCCCAACAAGUAAUUGACGAAAUCCAAGAGGAAGCAAAAAACUACAAUCGCAUUUACAUUGCAUCAAUACAUCCGGAUUUGACUGAAGAAGAUAUAAAAAGUGUAUUUGAAGCAUUUGGUCCAAUAUUGUACAGUCGAUUGGCCCAAGGUAAUUCAUUACACACGCACAAAGGCUAUGGAUUCAUCGAGUAUUCAACGAAACAAGCGAUGGACGAAGCAAUAACCAGCAUGAAUUUAUUCGAUUUGGGCGGUCAAUUGUUACGUGUUGGUCGUGCAAUAACACCACCGAAUGCAUUGAUGGGACCCACACUGAAUUCUUCUAUGCCAACAGCAGCUGCCGUUGCAGCCGCCGCUGCUACAGCAAAAAUUCAAGCGAUGGACGCAGUUGCAAGUAAUGCUGUUUUGGGUUUGUCAGCCGCAGCGCCAGCACUUGGCAUUCAAGGCAUUCAAGGUGGUUUACCGCUCGCAAAUGCGGCUGUUGCAAAUAGUGGAGUUGUGGCCGGAAAUUUCUUAAAUAUUCAUAAAAAAGUACCGCUGUUGCCGACACCUGGAAUUGUUUUACCCACAACAACAACGCCAUUGCAACCGCCACAAAUUGUAAAUCCAGUUCUAGGUAGCCAAGGAACAAUAACUGUACCUUUAGCCAGUGCUGUACAAAGUAGUCAAGGAACCAUCACUGUACCAUUAGCCAGCGCUUUACAAGGAUUUCAUUCUCACACAGCACAAGCUACAUUGGCGGCCACUUUACCCCAACAAACCGUUUUAAUUCAACCACAAGCACAACAAACGCAGGCCACACUGGGCACAACACUAGCCGCUACACUUGCCGGAUCGUCUGCAAACGGUGCAUACGGGAGUUCACAACAAUUGGAACAACAGCAACAAUUACAAAAGAAACUAUUGGAAGAAGGUGAACCACAAACAUUACAGCAGCAAGAAUCAAUGUCAAUUAAAGGCCAAAAUGCUCGCCAUCUGGUGAUGCAACGUCUGAUGCGACCACGUGAAAGUAAAGUGGUCAUUUUGCGUAAUAUGGUCGGACCUAAGGAUAUCGACGAAGAGCUACAAGAAGAAAUUCAAGAGGAGUGUAGUAAAUUUGGUCUUGUUGAACGGGUAAUCAUUUACAAUGAAAAACAAUCCGAAUUCGAAGAUGAUGAGAAUGCCGAAGUGAUUGUGAAAAUAUUUGUGGAAUUUUCGCUACCAUCGGAAACUGAAAAAGCGCGAGUUGCAUUAAAUGACCGAUAUUUUGGCGGUCGAUUAGUUAAAGCCGAACUAUAUGAUCAAGCGCUUUUCGAUCAUGGCGAUUUGUCAGGUUAAAAACUAAGUAAAAUAACUUAUACUUUAGAAUUCGUAUGUAAAUUUAAAUACAUACAUAAAAUGUAAAAGGAAUUAUUUUAAAGACGUUACAAAAUCAAAUAAUUAAAUGUCACACACACACAGGCUCGACAUUUGAAAAGAAAAGGGAAAACUAAAAAAAAACAAUACCAAAAUUUUACUUAUUUGUUGACGAGAAUUAGAAUGGAGAAUGUGAACAAUUCAAUUUAAAUUUUAAAUUAAUAUUCACCAUCAGCGUGGUCUGUGAAGUGACGCUUCCAAAACAAAUAAACCAUAUAGAAUGAUUUCUUUAAAAACAAAACAAAAGGAAGCGCUUUCAAUCGCAAACGGCGAUUAAACUUUAAUACAAUCAGUUUUGGAUGUGUCUCAAAUGAAAAAAUCAAUCGAUCUAUUUAUGUAUCUAUGAAUUUUUAUUCUUUUCCAACACUGUUGUCCGUUACCACUUGAUCGCCACAUCUUAAAUUUUACAUUGUAACGAUAGCAACGGUUGGCAAUCAUUGUAUGUUGAAUUAUCUUCCAAUAUUGUGAAUGAAUUGAUUUAAAGAAAAAUAAAAUGUAUAAAAUUAGAUAAUUCCACAAAACGAACAUAUUUGAAAACAAAAUCGACUCAACUCAAUUUAAACUAUAAUGAUGUAAAGAAAUUAAAUUUAUGUGCAAACAAAUGACAAAUAAACCACUUCAACACAAAACCAA